UUCUACCCUAAAUUUCCGCUGCUAUCAAAACUAGCUCUGCUGUAAUGGCGUCCAAAUUCGGGUUGCCCGGCGGCAUACCUGAGCGUCGUGUUCGGCCUAUAUGGGACGCCAUCGACUCUCGCCAAUUCAAGAAUGCUCUGAAGCUCUCUACUUCUCUUCUCUCCAAACAUCCAAAUACUCCAUACGCCCUCGCUCUUAAGGCUCUUAUUUUGGAGAGGAUGGGUAAAAGUGAGGAAGCUUUAUCUAUAUGCUUAAAUGCCAAGGAGCUGUUACAUGCAAACACCUCUGUCUUAAUUGAUGAUCUGACUCUCAGCACAUUGCAGAUUGUUUUCCAACGGCUUGAUCACUUGGACAAGGCUACCAGCUGUUAUGAGUUUGCUUGUACGAAGUUCCCAAAUAAUCUUGAAUUGAUGAUGGGACUUUUCAACUGUUAUGUCCGGGAAUACUCGUUUGUAAAGCAGCAACAGAUAGCUAUUAAAAUGUACAAAAUUGUGGGUGAAGAAAGGUUCUUGCUAUGGGCAGUUUGCAGCAUCCAGUUACAGGUCUUAUGUGGCAAAGGGGAUGGUAAGUUGUUGCUUUUGGCUGAAGGCUUACUUAAGAAGCAUAUCACUUCUCAUAGCUUACAUGAGCCAGAAGCUCUUACUGUGUACAUUUCUCUCUUGGAGCAACAAUCUAAAUUCAAGGAUGCAUUGGAAGUUCUUUGUGGGAACUUAGGAUCACUUAUUAUGAUUGAAGUCGACAGAUUGCGUGUAAAGGGUAGGGUUCUUGCUCGAGCUGGGGAUUAUGCUGCUGCAGUCGAUGUAUUUCAAAAAAUCCUUGAGUUAUGCCCUGAUGAUUGGGAGUGUUUCCUGGAUUACCUAGGCUGUUUGCUGGAGGAUGGAAGUUGCUGGUCCAAUGUCCCCAUCAGUGAUUUGCGUUAUCCUAGAAAAUAUUUAGACAGCAAUUUUUCACAUUUGACUGAAGAAAGUUUUGAUUCUCGCAUAUCAACUGCAACAGUCUUGGUGCAAAAGUUACUUGAAGAAGCAAACGAAGGUUCUAUAAGAGGUCCGCGCCUCGCUCUUAUUGAGAUUGAAAGGAGGAAGUCCUUGUUUGGAAAAGAAAAUGAUGACAAAUUAAUAGAGACUAUAAUGGAAUAUUUCUUGAGGUUUGGACACUUGGCCAGUUGUACUUCUGAUGUGGAGCCAUUUGUUCAAAUGCUGUCUCCUGGCAAGAAGGCAGAAUUUGUGAAGACGUUGACAGAGAAUAUGGAACCUAUAGUUGCUGUGCCAAAAGAGGUGCUUGGUCGAUCAAUCACAGUUUUCAAGAUACAAGAACUUGUUGGCAGUUUCUUUAAUCUCCCGACAGAUGAUCUUGAGCUUCUUGCUUUACAAAUGGUGGAAUUGUACUAUAAGAACCUUCCACUCUCCAAGGAAUUGGAUCCGCAAGAAAAUAUGCCUGGCGAAGAGCUUCUGACUUUGGUCUCUAAUAUUUUAGUUCAGUUGUUUUGGCGCACAAAGAAUUUUGGCUAUCUGGUGGAAGCAACUAUGAUCUUAGAGUUUGGUUUAAGUGUUCGCAGGUUUGUGUGGCAAUACAAAAUUAUGCUGUUGCAUCUUUAUUCUCACUGGGGUGUCCUGCCAUUAGCUUAUCAAUGGUACAAGUCUUUGGAUGUGAAGAAUAUCUUGCUAGAAACAGUUUCUCACCACAUCUUGCCACAAAUGUUGCUUUCUCCUCUUUGGAUAGAUCUAAAUGAUCUUUUGAGCAAUUAUUUGAAAUUCAUGGAUGACCAUUUCAGAGAAUCUGCAGACCUUACAUUUCUUGCAUAUCGACAUCGGAAUUAUUCCAAAGUGAUUGAGUUCAUUCAAUUUAAAGAAAGGCUGCAAGGCUCUAGCCAGUAUUUAUCAGCAAAGAUUGAAGCACUUAUUCUUCAGCUAAAACAACAUUCAGAUAAUGUUGAAGAAGAGGAGCGCAUACUGGAAAACUUGAAAUUUGGCAUUGACUUCCUUGAACUUUCAAAUGAGAUCGGGAGCAAAACUUUGACCUUCAACGAGGAUCUCCAGUCACGACCCUGGUGGACCCCAACUUUUGACAAAAAUUAUCUUCUAGGACCAUUUCAAGGAGUGUCCCAUUGUCCGAAGGAAAACAUGCAGCACCAGAUAAAUCAAGCUCAAGUAAAUAUGCAAAAAACCUUAGAGAAGAGAUCUCUACUUCCAAGGAUGAUUUAUCUUUCUAUUCGCUGUGCAUCAUCAUCAAUUAAAGAGAAUAUAGAGGCCAAUGGUUCUAUUGUUGAUACUAGAACCCCAUCAGAGUUGAAGGCUUUACUUGACCGAUACACAAAGUUCUUAGGGUUCCAUUUUCAGGAUGCUAUAGAGCUGGUUGUUGAAGUUUCAAGUGGCAAGAAGCCUUUAGAGGCUUUAAGGUCGGACCUGAUUGACUGGGUUAACUUUGCUGUACUCAUGAAUGCCUGGAAUCUAAACUCAAACGAGUCGAGGCAAGAUAUAUGGAGCAUGGUCAACUCUCUGAUAGAAAAGUAUAUCGUUGAUGAAAUCAGCUCUCUAGGAUCCGUGAUUUCAUCUCCAGGCUCUAAUCUUCCCACAUUGAUACAAUUGGUUACCGAACCACUCGCCUGGCACAGUCUAAUAAUACAAGCCUGUGUUCGAACCUCCUUUCCAUCUGGAAAGAAGAAGAAGAAAGUAGUGGGGCCUUCAGAACAGUCUAAUAACAAUGCUAAUUUUUCUCAGGGUAUUAGAGAUUCAAUUGAGUCUCUGACCAGGUCUAUUGAAAAGGUUGCCGAAUGGCUAAGAGAAGAAAUUGGAAAGCCAGAAGACGAAAAUGUUGAAGUAAUAGUUUCCUCUAUAGAUACAAAAGAUCAGAACGGAGGACCUGGUAAGGUCUUGAAAGUUCUUGAAACGAAUAUCUCUUUGAUGAUGGGUGAUGUGGAUCUAGGCGAUCAAAUCUCAGGGGCAUUGAAGCUGUGGAAUCAUGUUGAGGUUGCGAGAAGAAUAGUUAAUGGUCAUCAUACUGUUCUGUCCGAGUUUCUUCGGAUAUGUGAAUUAAAAGUCCAAACAUUGCGGGCAUUAAAAUCACAGUUAUAAGUAAAACCCGUUUAUCAUUUGAACUUUUUUUUUUUUGAAAUUUUUUAUCAUUUGAACUUAGUAUCAAAGGAUGAAUAAUUUGGUUUUCUUUUUAUUUUUGGCUAGCUGACAGUUUUUAUUCAUUGUUUCUCUUAAUAAACAUUGAUUCUCAGGAACUUUUACCAUAUUUGUUGUUCAAAACUUGGUAUUCUUUUUGGCUGGUGUACAA